GAGUUUUGGGCUCCGGCUGGAGGGUCACGGUUUGCACCUGUACCCCUGCUUCGGGGCCGGUGUUUGCGGCUGUUGGGGCCGCGGGCCCGGUUUGGGCAUCCGAAACGUUCGAGGCGCGGCAGCUGAAGGCUUCAGGGAGUCCUGACCUAGAGGCGUGUCAAUGGCACUGGGAGAAGAAAAGGCAGAGGUGGAGGCAUCCACGGACACCAAGGCCCUGGCUCGUGGGAGGUGGAGCUGCAGGGAACAAGAGGUGGACAUCCCCGUGCCUGUGAAUGGGGAGCAGCUGCCACGCCUAGAAGCUGAGGGAGAGCCCGCCUCCCCUGUGUGGGGGGCAGAGGACCUAUCUGCCCCCACCUGUUGCCCUUCUGGAGCCUGCCAGUCACAGGCCACCAAUACCAGCAAGGAGCCAGUGGCCGGUGCAUCUCAGCGUGCCUUCAGCUGCCUGCAUCCUUCUCCCCAUGCGGGGACUGGAGAUCUGCAUUCUGUGGGAAGUCAAGUAGCUACUAAGAUGGAGGACGCCAGUCUUUCUGCCUCAGGGGAGCUAUCUCAGACUGGAACCAUUGCCAAAGCCACAGGUCUUUGCUCAGGACAUGAUGCGGAUACUGAAGAUGAUCCGUCCCCAGCUGAGUCACCUCCAGUGCUGGACCUCAGUCAACAGCCUCACAUCUCAGGUUUCCCUUUCUCGUCAAAGUGGAGGUCCAUGGUGAGCCCAGGUGUCGCUGCUCCUCAGUUUUCCAGCUGCAGUAUCUCUGCUUCAUCCCCUGGUGGCAGUUUCCAGGGUCUCCAAGAGAAAGCAGAGCCUCAGAGUUGCUCCCUUGCCAAGGUCUCUUCCCUGGAGCUGGUCGGUCCACAGUCAGUCCCCUCUGUGGGGGGGCCACGGCCUCAGCUCCAAUGGUCUCCACAGCCUGUGUCCUCUGGGGAGGAUGCUUCUGGGCUGAGCAGGAGGCACCUGUCCUUCCAAGCUGAGUACUGGGCCUGCGUGCUACCAGAUUCCCUGCCCCCUUCCCCUGACCGCCACUCCCCGCACUGGAACCCAAAUAAAGAGUAUGAAGACCUGCUGGACUAUACUUACCCACUUAGGCCCAGGCCUCGGCUCCCAAAGCACAUUGACAGCCACGUGCUGGCUGACCCUGUCCUGCAGGACUCGGGCAUAGACCUGGAUAGCUUUUCUGUCUCCCCAGCAAGCACUCUAAAGUCACCCACUGAUGUCUCCCACAGUUGCCCACCAGUGGAGGCCACUGCCCUGCCAUUCUCUGAGCCCCAAGAGCCAAGCCUCAAAUGGUGGCACUCUGGAGGACCCCAGGAGCAGGGCAGCGUUGGGCUGGCAUCUUGUAGCCAGCUUGCAUCUACACCCAGGGCCACAGGCAGUAGGGGCAGUCCUUGGAAGAGUAGAGAGCCAGCCCUGAGGGGCGUGAAGAACUGGCGGCCUAUGGGCAAGUCCUUCAAGGUGAGCCCUCCCCAGCUGAGGACGUGGAACAGAGGGUGGCCCUCGUCCAGGCCAGAAAGAGAGAAGGGAGCUAGCCAUGGUAUCCAGCGCCCUGCCUACAUGGAGUCGGGAUGGACACCAGAAGAAGACCUGGAAAGCGAUGACGAGUAUCUUGCCUUGCCCACUCGGCUGACACAGGUUUCUAGCCUGGUUUCAUAUCUAGGUUCUGUUCCCACUUUGGUGACCCUGCCAGCUGGGGCUGCCGAAGGGCAGAGCUCCCUGGAUGUGUCGGACAGUGAUGGGCCUACUUCCUUCCCAUCGGACUCCAGCCAAAGCCAGCUUCCCUCUGGGACUACCCUCAGAGGGUCUGGGGAGCUUGAGGAGCAGAACCACUGUUUGCUGCGCUCCUUCAUCCAUACAAGGGACUCUGCAGGGGACGGCAGUCUGGUGAGCAGCCAGGCGCUGGAGGUCUCUGGACCUCUGAGAACACGCUCCUCCUUGCCAGUUGUUUUGGACCCAGAUUCUAAAGGGCAGCCUCCCAGGAGAGGAAGAGAGGCGGGAAAAGACUCACUCAUGCAGUGUGUGAAGACCUUUUGCUGUCAGCUAGAAGAGCUGAUCCACUGGCUAUAUAACGUCGCAGAUAUUACUGACCACUUGACUCCACCCAGGUCCAGUCUUGCAGGUCUCAAGUCGUCUCUGCAGCUUUACCGGCAAUUUAAGAAAGAUAUAGAUGAACACCAGUCCCUAACAGAGAAUGUCUUGAAGAAAGGGGAGAUUCUUCUUCAGUGCCUGCUGGAUAACACCCCAGUGUUACAGGAUGUUCUCGGGAGGAUCGCAAAGCAGCCCAGCGAGCUGGAGAGCCACGCAGAUCACUUGUAUGACACCAUAUUAGCCUCUGUGGACAUGCUGGCUGGUUGUGCCCUCAUCUCAGACAACACACCGAUGGCACACAGGAGUGCCGAUGUGACUGGGAUUAGCCUGGCACCUUCUCAGGCAGAGAUGUAAUCUGCCUCCCAAAACUCGGCUGGUGGGAAACUUCCAGGAAGUUCUAGUAAGAGCCAUUUAAUGUUGAUAUUAAAGAGGAAACUUAACUUUAAUGUACUAGUUUAUAUAAAAUGCCUUUCUCUUCCCUGAAGCAAGAGGCUACUGAGUGACCGUUUUUACUUAAAAUGAAUCCUUCCAAACUAAGGUAUUCCUUUGGUGCUGCUUCUCUACAAAGAGCAUGUGGCUUUGCCAGUUUAGAUAAAGUAAUGCUCAUAGGCUUAUUCAUCUUUCCUCCCCUCUCUAUCUAGUUAAAAAAAGCAGACAGAGCUCUUAAACUAGUCUGUGUGCUGAGAUUAUUUAAAGAAGGUACCAAUGCUCAGUACCCUCAGGCAUACAAGAGGACCUAAGAGACUGAAAAAAAGUGAGUGGUUGGCCAAGAGCUUGGUUCUUUCAGUAAAACUGAAGCUUAACGUUUAUAAAUCCCUCUUUGAAGAUUUUUAGAAGAAACUUUAACUCACCAAAUUCUUAGAAGGUUCUGAAUGACUAGAACAUCUACAAAUCAGUCUGGGCUUCAGUACCUUCUGUCAUCUUCAGGGCUUGGGGGUCCAUCCCCCUGCCUAACUGUCUUAAGGGAAAAUGAGCAGGGACUUCUUGAGCUACUAUUGAGCUUCAGCUAGGCUGUGGACUAAUGACCCACUGUAAGAGGUACCUUUAGGAGGAUGCACCCCUUCAUUCCUUCUUUGGUAUGGAAGAGUAAGUCCAAGGGAAGGGAAGGGCAUGGACUCUCUAAGGCUGUCAGUAAUGAAGGAAAACAAGGAAAUUUUUUGUUGCUUGGGAGUUGAUGUAGUACUUUCAUAGAAAUAAAUCUACAGAUCAGCCAUUGAAAGCAUCGAUUCUAUGGCUUUUUAAAGCAAAAUGAUCACCUAUUGCUGGUGUAACCAGAUUCUGCAAAAACAAAAAAUCACUUAGUUUCUAUUGAGCCAUGAAUGAACAUGGAAGGAGGAAAGCAUAUUUCACCCCAUAUACUUCUAGUAUAAUAGUUAAAAUUAAUAAGACUUAAAGGUUCUUCAUACUUAAAUAUAUGAGAUAAGCAUUUAAAGGCCUUUUUUCAAACUCCUUCCAGAUUCUCAUUUGAGGAAGGUGCUUUAAAAAGGAGUAUCUUCUAGUUUAUAAGGAGAUGAGCAAGUCAUCUUGAACCAAAAGAAGGUGAUGUUGAAACACUCACUUAUGAAGCAGACUUCUGAUUUCCCCUCAGAACAAAACAUUUAAGACCAAAUUACUGCCGUUAAAAUAAGUUUAGGACUUUUAGUUUUGGAGGCUGAGCCACAUAAUUUUUCUUGUUUUUAAUCCUUACUGGGCUAUUCCCCCCUGCCCCGCCUACUUUGAGAGAGGGGAAAAUACCAUUAAUGUGAAAAAGAAACAUCAAUUGGUUGCUUUUUGAUACCUGCCCCAAUCGGGGAUCAAACUCACCACCAUUCAGUCUCUGUAACACAGCUCCAACCAAGCCACACGGGUCAGGGCUGAGACACAUAAUCUUACCAUUUCACUCUCCUCCAUAUGAACUAAAGUCCUAUUAAAUGUUUCUGCUUUAGAAUUUCUUAGACUUCAUAGUCACUGGAAAAUUAUAUAAAUAAAAACUCAGUAUUUCAAGCACCUGCUGCUAUGGUAUCAUUUACCAUAAUGCUUAAGGGCAUGAUCAGAAUUGAACUGUAUAUUCAGAUUUUGCCCAUAUUACGAUUCUCCAUCUUAACCCUUAGUUCCAUACAUGGACUUUAGUAGACAAAAUACCUCCUUGACAAAUAGCUGUAAAUGUAAAAUAUUCUCAAUAGCGUAGAAUUGGUUAAAAAGGCAGUUAUGUCUAAUAGCCUGUAUUAAAACUGAUGUACUUCACCUUCUCUUUGAUGUGGCUAUAAAGUGGUACAUGCCUUUCCACUGAGUAUGUUACAGGAUAGCAGUUAGGAGUUAAGCCUAGUUAUUUACUAGUAUUUGAUAGGCAUGAAAAUAAGUAUGUAUCUGUUAGCAAAGAAAGACUGAAGAUGACAACUCUAUAGAAACUGGCCAAUGUUAUAAUAAUUGAAUUCUGCAUAUGCCAUUUUAUUCCCAUUCAACCUAGUAACUGUAAUGACAGAAAUUUUCAGAGUGUUUUAUUUCAAAGUACCCCAUUUCCCAAGAAAGUACUACUUUUACAUAGAGAUGAACUCAAGGUUUUUGUUCAUCUCCUUGAAAUAAGGUGUGACUGAAGGGUGCUUAUUCUGGACUUAGUUGUGAAUGCCACCAAAGAAUAUCAACACAGCUGCUAAUUUCAUCUUCAGCAGUGCUAUAUAUAGAAAGUUGAAGACCUCCCUUAAAACUGAAGCUGAAACUGUUUCAGCCUAGUAAGAUGCCAGCAGCAUUUCCAUGAGCAAACACAGCCACACUGAUUCAAAUAGUUUGGCUGGCCAGUACACAGUGGUACACACUAGUCUUCAGGAUACUAAUGGUCUACAGUGACAUAAGUGUGGUAAUGAAAUUUCAUCUUGACCUGCAGUAAAAUUUCCUGGUAGUCCCUUUAAAUAAGGAGAAUUUAAGUCCACAGGGAAGUUGCAGUACUAAGGGCCAUAUAGGCAGUUUCAAGAUCUGGGUUCUCGUCACAGCUCCAUGGCUAAAGUGCAAAUUGGAGACAUUGUCAACAUGGCUGUUUUGAGGCUGAGAAGGGUUGAUAUAAAACGUGCUGCAAUGGCAACAUGCAUGUAUGCUGAAGGAAAAUUUAGUCAAAGAAUAGAAAGUCACUGCUGAGACCAGAAUGGCCAUCAUUCUGCAAGGAUUUCCCAGAGACUAAACUGCUUAAGUUUAACUUACUCUUAUGUAAGCUAAUUUAUGGCAGCCACUUACAUUUACAAUAUGGCAAGCGAUAGUUUUCCUUUAUUAAGUGAACAUAUUAAAGCCUAUAGUAGCUUGAAAUGGGGGUAGGAAUAGGAAUAUAUAUUUUUUCAAGGCUGCAUUUAUUGGCAUAUUCAUAAAAGCAAGGCAAUGCAGUGAGCCCCAGUCUUGACUGUCAUGGGGGAAAGAUGCUAGAAUUUUCAAAACUAAGUAUAUAAAUAUGCUUAUAUCUUAUAAUAAAUCCAUGUAAUGUUUUUUGCUAACUCGCCAAGAAGAAGCUGACAAUUUGAACAACUUGCUGUUUGAAGUGCAUGCCAUCACACUGUUUAACAUUUGUAUCAUUUACUUACUUUAGAACAUAGUUUCUGGAUUCUUUCCCCCUUUAUAUUGUAUGGUAAAGCAAAAAAACCUUUUGAAGCAUUUUAGAAAACUUCACCCAGAUAAUUACUAUUUGGUAACUUGAGUUCAGUUGCCUUAUUUGAGGAUGAAUAGAUCCAACAAGCACAUCUAUAAUACAAAGUAAACUAUGAUUUUUAUUGUGAAAUUCUCAUAGAUGGAAAAUUAAAUUGAAUAUUUAUUCUGUCAAUUUCAUUUUACAAUAAUCUUAUCACUUAUUUUUGUACCAUGUAUUUUCAAUUGCCUGUUUAGUGAAAAUUAAAAAAAAAGUUUUAAUUUUUGGCUUGUUUGUAAUUUAAAUUUUAUCAUUGAAUUCAAGACCCCACCAUAAAAUGUGUUGCCAACAACCACAUCCCAAGCCCCUAAGUAAGUAUUUUGGCGGCUGCUACAACCACAAGGAAACAGUUUUUGAUUUCUAUCACCUUAAAAUGCCAGUGUUAGCAAAAGAUUUGCUUCCCCACAAUAAAAACAAACUCUAGAAUCUUUAAGGUCCUAUUUAACAAAAUUUUCAUAUGUGCAAAAUUCCACGGAAAUAAAUACAUUUUUCUCAUUUAUUAUUCCCAUCCAGCAUUUGUGUUUUUGGUUAAUUUUUAGGGAUAUAAUUUCUAAAAUUAGGGCAGUCAUACAGUAAAUUUUUCCUGCUUUCAACUUUAAUGCUUUAAUUCUCCUCCAACCUAAGUUAUACAAUUGUGGAGGAUAAAAUAUCAACAUCUGACUCAAAGCAUGAAGAAACAUUAGCACAUGCGUUAGUCUGAUCACUUGCCAAUUAGGAAAGGUGAUGCUUUCUACCUUUACCACAGGAAAGAACAAAAGUAUUAAUUUAUUAAGCCAUUUCAGAUGGUUUCAGAGAAGGAACACAGACAACAGGCUAGAUAGCAUACAUCCUAAACUUG